UGCACUUUUGGCUCGUUCGGAGCUAACCACCCUGUUCAUCCGAAUGUCAUUGACUAAACUGUGGCCAAGCCUUGAAACUCACCUUCCCUUAUUUCCAUGGUCUUAGCAUUCGUCUCCUCUUAUUCAGCGUCGUGGUUCGGAGUCAGUUGUCUCCAUAAACUCACCGUCGCGCCUUCCUUCGUGAGAUCAACCUUCCUGCCUCUGUCGUCUUAAACUUUUUCCUUUCAAGCUUACUCCUGCUUCUCUCUUACAAGUCAAGUGCUCCUUCCUUCUUGUAGUCCAACUCCUGCAAUUGUUCCGCUUUAUCUUUCAAUUAUCAUUCUUGCCUUGUUAUGCCCCCAAGAACGAUCCUCCCCAAAGAUGAACAAGGUUCAAGAGAUGAUUCCGCGAGCAUGGCACCCCCGAAGUCGGCAAAGCGGAAAGCCGUUUCUUCUGCUUGCAUACCCUGUCGCAAGCGCAAGAGCAAGUGUGAUGGAGGACUUCCAUCCUGCUCGACUUGUUUAGCGGUCUACCGCACGGACUGCAGCUACGAUCAAGACACAGACCAUCGCCGCAAAGGAGCCCUUCGAAAAGAUAUAGCGUCACUACAAAACAAAAAUACUGCCCUCGAUGUGGUCAUCAACUCAUUGUGUGCACUUCCCGAGCACGAAGCAAUUGCCUUGUUCCACAGCCUUCGCCGAGGAGAACGACUUGAUAAUUUGGCCGAAGCCAUCAAUGCUGGAGAUACCGAGAAGCUACGAACACUGGACACCGAUCUUUCUGGACCUACUCCUGGAGCGACAUUCCAUACGCAAGUACCUUCUACGCGAAAUGAAUCUUCUCGAAGCCCUGUCGACGGGAAGUGGAACGACGCAGGAAGCCAGAGUGCAGCGGCAGAAGGGUCUUCGUCUUGGUUUCGUAUACCGCAAGACGCUGAAUUUGUGGAUCACUUGCUCAACCUCUAUUUCUGCUGGAGUCAUCCCUUCUUUUGCUUCUUCUCCAAGGACCAUUUUUUGAGAGACAUGUCUCGAGGUUCGACUAAAUACUGCAGUGCCAUGCUGGUCAAUGCAGUGCUUUCGGUCGCCUGUCAGUACUCCGACCGGCCAGCAGCACGCGAAAGAGCAGGAGACUACUUCUUCAGCGAGGCACAAAGACUGUCUGAAUGCAUUGGUGCUUCAGAGUUGACUGCCGUGCAAGCCAUGGCUGUAAUGGCUGUAAGAGAGGGUUCUGCAGGACGCGACCACAUCAGUUUUCGUCUGAUAGGAAGAGCUGUGCGCCUUGCCAUGGAAAUGGGCCUCCAUCUUGCAGACACCACAGCUGGGGAGCCCAACUUCCGAUCCAGCGAACUGGACAUACGAAAGUUGACAUUCUGGGGUGUCUUCAACUGCGAAAUGAUAUGCUGUCUCGCGCUGGGCAGAGUGUCUUCAAUUCCAAAGAAUGCGAUUGAGAUUGACAAACCUAUGAACUCUGAGAAAUUGGAUGCACUGUUCUGGCAACCAUAUGAAGACGCAAAUUUGCCGGUCAGCCCCAGCGCUGUGCAGCCUAUGAAGUGUCUACUCUUUCACAGCGUUCAAAGCAAGCUCUCGGAGCUGAUCAACGACAUCAACCUCAAUCUUUAUGCGCCCAGAGAAAGAUUCACACCGCGACGACUGGCAUCAGCGUACAACCAAUAUCAGAAUUGGUAUGCUGAACUGCCAGAAAUGUUCCAGCUUCAAAACACAGCAAUGCCUCAUGUCAUUGUGCUACAUAUGUACUACCACCAGAGUGUGCUACAUCUCUUCCGCCCAUUUAUGAAGUUGGACCUCUCAGACAUUGGCCUUUAUCCCCGGGAGCUAGCGACCUACUGUGCCACAGAAAUCUCAAAACUCAUGAAUGCGCUCCGCGGAAUGUAUGGACUAAGGCGAACGUCUUUGGUCGUUAGCACGAUCCUUCUCUCGGCCAGCACAGUCCAUCUCAUGAACCUUCCCUCCCAAGGCGCGGCAGUUCAGCUCACGCAGGCAAUGCAGGACUUGAACACGAUGUCCGUGAACCACCGUUAUGCCUCGUGCUGCCUCGAGGUGAUCAACAGACUCGCGAACCAGUGGGGUGUUCGACUGCCCGAGGGGGCUACCAACUUGGCGCCUUUCCGAUCACCGGAUCUCGACCAAGCCAUGCCAAACAUGUCGCUCUUCUUCACUCAAGCAACAUUAAGCAACGAAUCCAUGGAGUCGUUAGUCGCCCCACCCACUCACAACCUCAGGCAUGACUCUGGUAGCAUGUUCGAACCUUCCUUCGCUCCACACAACAUGCCAAUCCUGCCGACACCCAGCCAAUCUUCUUUGAGUGCAAAUUCACAACACAGCAUGCACUCUACGCCCAUGAAUACAACACCAGUACAAACACAGUCCAACAUGUGGUCGACGUUCUCUUCUCAACAAAUGUCUGCACCAAUGCAACUACAACUCCCAACAGCAGACUUCCAGAUGAUGAAUGUCGACCCUUCAGGCUCUUAUGGAUACCAGAACUUUCAACAAUCUCAAUGACUAUCCGGAGUGUUUGCCACUUGACACAAAAUCAACCCAAACAUCACCAGUGAUUAUCACGGACAACAGAACGAGGAAGGUGGAUCUCAGUAGAUCAAAGGUGUAGCUCAUCUUUUAGGAUGGCUAAUAAUGCGGACGAAGCUUGUUGCAUCACAGGUGCAGAUGACAUGUCUGUCAAAUUUUGCAAUGGCUAAGGAAACGAAUAUACGUGAUCCACGCCAGUCUUAUUCUUGUACAUAAACCACUACUUAAUAUCAUCAUACAGACGACUAUUCGUCGUGAAAUUUAAAAGGCGAUCAACUAUCU